UAUUUUUUAAAUUGAUGUUGGAAACAUCACAUGCUAUAAACAUCUUCAAAGCACUAAUACGUGAAUUUUCCUAUCAAUCUACAAUCGAAAAUUAUUUUACAAUAAACUUUAUUGGAUGAUGGCCCAUUACGUUAUGAUAUAAUUACAAUACCACUCACAAGAUGACUUUGAGAGGGAAGGAAAUCUACCACGUGAUCAGAAGUAUUGUAUAUUAUGCCUGGUCAACGGGAAUUCAAUCCUGAACAGUUGAAAAUAUCGUUACAAUAUGGCUAUCCGUAUUUUGUCUACAACUUUAUUUGCCUUGUAUAUCAAUGCUGAAACAAACAGAUCUGGAGUUUGUAAUACGAUGUGGAUAAAUAAUCAAUUUCAAAUCAAAUGCUGCGUAGAUUUUCUGUUAGUCAACGGCGCCUGCAAACCUUGUAUUGGACGACACGGGAUAAACUGUACAUCUCCCUGUAGAUUUGGUUACUAUGGAUUUGGAUGUCGACAUCUUUGUAAUUGCUCCGACCGACAGGGAUGUGACAGACAAAUAGGCUGCUUUGAUGUUGACAACAAUUACGUCCACACCCACUAUGUCGUUGCAGUGAUGUGUGCUAUCUUGAUCACAUCCGUUGUGGUUGUCGUCGCCAUUUUGAUAUGCAAAAAGUAUGGAGGAAUACUAAGGGCCUUGAUCACAGCGACACCUGGGAGAGAAGAUCGUAAUUCGGGAAAUUAUGGGAAGGAGCAAUACGACGACAUCCGAGAAUCCCGAAUGGUACUGGAGAGCAAUGACAGGCAUAAUUCUGUUUCUCAAAUUAGGAGGAUGACGGCGGUAUCAUGUCCAAGGCUUUCCGAUAAUUACCAUCAUUUGACUACGACCAGGGGAAUCCCCAUCUCUCAGUCCUUCGGCAAAAAGAAUCCAGAACUACGUUCGUUCAACUCCUCCUGGUUCAAACCAUACCCAUGGUUGCAUUAUGACGAGGCAAAAGAUCUGGCUUUCUGUUUCACUUGCAUGGGCGCCGCAAAGGAAGGCAAAAUUUCUAAUUCCAAGGUUGGGGGCAGUUUUAUAUCUACAAGCUUCAGUAACUGGAAGGAUGCCACGUCAAAAUUCAGGAAACAUCAAGAUUCCGACUUCCACAAAGAGUCUGUGGAAAGAAAAGUGAAACUUCCCAGAGAAACGAAAGACAUUGGUGAAGUACUCUCAGCCGCCCAUUCAGAGGAGAAAACACGCAACAGACAGCAGCUGUUAACAAUUCUACGAAACAUCAGGUUUCUUGCUAGACAGGGAUUACCUCUCCGUGGCCAUGACAACGAGCAAAGUAACUUUAUUCAGCUUCUGAAGCUCCAUGGUGAAUCGGAUCCGUCAAUCCUCAAGUGGCUAGAAAAGAAGCAAGACAAAUUUACAUCAGCAGACAUCCAGAAUGAAAUGCUACAAGUGAUGGCUUUGAAGAUAUUGCGGGACGUGGCAUCGAACAUCAGAGAGAAUGGCUAUUUCUCCAUCAGGUUGAUGAGACAACAGAUCAGUCUAACCGUGAACAAGUUGUGAUUGUUAUUCGUCAUGUUGACAGGAAUUUAAAUGUGCAUGUGCAUGAGGACUUCAUUGGACUGUGUAUGGUGCCUUCCAUCAACGCUACAACACUGGCCAAUGUAAUUUUGGAUACACUAAUGCGGAUGAAGUUUUCUUUGAAUAAGUGCCGUAGACAGUGUUAUGAAGGAGCCAGCAACAUGUCCGGAGCUAAAAAGGGUGUGGCUGCUAACAUCACCAGAAAAGAAGCAAGGGCAAUAUAUACACAUUGUUAUGGACACGCACAUUGGUGAAGCAAGGCGAUGUAUCGUUGGUAAUAUGAAGCGGUACGCAAAUAUCUUAAGAGAAAUAAAGUUAUGAGAAAUAAACCGUUGUCAUUGAUCAGAGGGAGAAUAACAUUGUCAUAUCAGGAAUAGGUUUAGCCAAUGUUCAUUCUGGCAAAGUCAAUCAUUUUGUUCAUGCCGUUAGGACGGAAUGACUUUAGUCUGUGCAUCCAGAAUUUUUCUUUUUUCUUUCUAUCUGUGGAGCUCCAGGUUUGGUUGUGAUCAAUAACCACGACAGUCAUGUCUUCUCAUUUGUGGCCAUCUAGGUUGAAAUGUUCUCCAACAGGCUCAGUGAUUCUUUUGGUUUUGAUGGUCGACCGGUGGUUAUUAAUACGUUUGCGGAGAUCUCCUGUUUCGCCAACGUACUGCUUCUGGCAUGCUUUGCAGCUUAUGAGGUAUAUGCAGUUGUCUGUGCGACAGGACGUGUUUCCGAAAAUUUUGUAGUUACGUCCAGUAACCGAGCUUCUGAAAGUGUCAGUAUCCUCGCUAUGCUUGCCAGAAGUCACCUUUUGUCAGAACAAGUUCUAAAGCCCUCGUUUGGCAGUGGGUUGUCCAGUCUUGCUCUAACUACCAUGUCCUUGAGAUUUCGAGGCCGUCUGAAGGCUGUCAUUGGUGGCUCUUUGAAUACUGUUGCCAUUCUUUCGUUGUUGUAAAGAACUGGCAGGUGUCUACGCAAGAUGGCGUUGAGACUCUUCAAGACGGGAUGGAAGGUAGUCACAAGUGGGACUCUGCUACGUUUUUCUCUCUCUUUGUAUUGUAACAGGGUGUUUCGGUCUUUGCUGGAUAACUCAUCGAUUGCCGAUUGCACCGGGGCAGCCCUAUAGCCUCUUCUGCAUAGGUGUGUUUUCAGGAGUUGGCUCUGUUCUUGGAAGGAUGUUGUAGAAAAACCUUUGGGCACUCCUUUGAAAGAAUGAGGAGGAUGGCAGCUCGAUGGCAUCAGAUAUAGGUGAGAGUCAGUUGGUUUUGUGUGAAGAAUGAACUCUAUUUCACUAUUGUUCAGAGUGGAUGUGGUGUCCAUGAAGGUGUUCUUUGAACAACGAUACAUUGCCUUGCUUCACCAACUGGAUGCAUAGCAGUACCAGCACUGCCAACAUCGUUGGCACUCAUCAACAAAAUCCAUUUUUAGUUUCUUACAAGUAACCAAUAGUUUAGACAUUACGCCAAUUUCAUUUACUAUUAUCUGAAAUUUAGAUUUUCAAUAGUUUGAUCUAGGGGAGAAUACCACGAUGUACGAAUUAAUUGUUUUACCUUUUGAUCGGCCAAGUUAGUUCGUCCAUUAAUGAAUUUCACACUUUACCGACUGAUACCACAGUGACCAGACAUGAUGAGUUCACGCUCUGAUUUUUAUUCUUUUUUGAGUUAAUAACAUAGGCUGCAACAUGUAAUCCGCUGGAAAAGUGUUUAGCUAGUUUUGUAGUGUAGCUUUAGUGCUUAUUGUUAAUUAUAUUUGUGUUUUCUCCAUAAUGUAAUCCUUUCACGUCCUGACGAAGGGACAGGUUGUCCUGAAAAUUUGACAAUUCCAAUUGUUCAUGUCGUUGGUCAUUCUAGUGGUUUAUAUAAUUAUUUUCCCUGACCAUUGUAUCUAUUUAAUAUAGAUCCGACAGUUUUGAAUACUGAAUGUUGUUGGUUCUUCAGUACCUAGUUGUGAUUAUUUAGUGCUUUAUAUAUUAAUUAAUUGAUUUUCACAUGUAUCGUUUAGAUCCUAGGGGUAAACGUAAGGUUGGGUGUUAUAAUUGUUUGUUUGUGCUUUAUAUUAAAUAUUCUAUACAAUUGCA